AUGCAUAACCGGUACCUGUUAUGGCUCCGUUUCGAUGGAUCACAUUUUAAUGGAUUUGCCAAAGCUGGCGGCAAGGGAUAUGGUGUGAUUGACUUCCUCUACCCAGCUUUAAGUAGAGUUCUAGCUCACAAAAAUGUGGACCGAUUCAACGUAUUUCCAUGUAGUAGGUAGUUGACAUUUAAAAUGUUAUUUUUUUGCUUUAGGACAGAUACAGAUGUUCAUGUUCUAAGGGCUCCAGUGGUUUUAAAUGUUCCGAAGGACGUUGUGAGGUUGGAUAUUGACAGAGAGAGUUUGUUACAGGAGAUCAACACAACAUUUCAAACUUUUUAUCCGAAUUCUGUGGAAGCUUUGGACUUUCAUUGGGUUUCGCCUGGUUUUUGUGCCAGAAAACAUGCAAUUUACAGGUUGGUCUGAGUUGUAUUUUAAUUGCUGGCUCCCGAUUAGAAGGUACAUUUAUCGAUUUCGCGUUGCCCGAACGAUGGAGUGGUACACCCAAUUCGAAAAGACUCCGUCGUUGGCUUGUUUCUCUGAGCGUUUCUAUGCUUUGACGGUACCUUCUGGAUUCGAUAUAGCUAAAUCAAAUAAGGCAUGCGAAAUGUUGAUGGGGACACAUAAUGUUGCUUCCUUCUUAAAACACCCUUUGAGGGUACGCGGAACGGAAUGGCAGGGUGUCAUGAGAAAUAUUGAUCUGAUUCGAAUUGUUUCUGGUGAACCGAUAACUGGAAUAGAGGAUCCCCAUUUCGAGUACUUUAACUUCGAGGUAAUCUCGAAAAGCUUUGUUCGAGAACAGGUAACUGGGCAUCCUAUUGUUACUGUAGCUUGUUUAAGAUUCGGAGAAUGGUUAGGAUUAUUGUCAAAUGUGGAUAUGAAGACCGAUACAUUGAUCAUCUGAGGAUAAUGUUAAGAUGUCCAGAUCCAGCUACAUUCAUCCAGCUGGGACAUCGGGCUUCGAAUGGAAAGGGCCUUUAUCUUGUUGAUGUUGUCUAUGAUAAAGACCACUUCGAGAAUCCGGUUCCAUUUUACAAACAUCCGAUUGACAGGAUUGAUGAGUCUUCGUUGUUAUAG